CCCUUUAAAAUAAACAUUCUUUACUGGUGUCCAUGUAGAACCUUCUUUCCAUUGCUCAGAAGGUUCUUUAUAGUUGAAAAAUAGUUUAUAGUUCACACUCUUUUAACAAAAAAUGGUUCUUUAAAGAACUGAUCAAUGAAAGGUUCAUCACUGCCACCUUUUGGAGCCAUAACAUUUAAGAAUGUGUCUGCCUCAUCCGAGUUACACAGCAUUUACACAGUGUUAUAACAGAAUCACGUGACUUUAAUGUUCCCUCAUUAUAAGAAACUUUAACGUCUGAUACUAACUGUGAUCCAUUUCACCUCACAAGGGUAAAACAUAUCUAAACCCAAGUAAAGUUGUCCGCUUGUACGGAAAACUGAAGAUGUCAUAUUUGUUGUGUCAAACGGCAUUUCCUCUUUCGUGUUUGUUCAUGGCUCCCCCCAUCGGAUUCACUGUAAAAUGGUCGAUUAUUUUUGCGAACCGCCCCGUUCACUCAUUUGAGGAGAGAAGCCGCUGACUUUCUUCUUCAUGCUCGCUUCUUGAUGGACAUUACACAACUUGACAGGUAACGCAAAGGGCUUUCGCUGCGUUUUUCUCCACAUUAUGUGAUGCUCACGAGCACUAACAGUGUUUUCUUGGCUCGCUUGUAACGGAAAUUUUUGGUACGUCAUUAAUAUGGCGCCAAAAGAGUUAUAAGUGUGAGCUUGUGUUGCUGUAGCCUGAGAGAUCCCGCACCUCAGCCGCUGCUCGUGUUUACUCAGACCAAACAAAAACAAAAUGUUAAACGCUUCACCUGAUGGAAACGAAAUUUAGACGCGGUUUUGCACAUUGAAGUCGAUGGCUUGUCACGUCACUGGAGCAGUUAGUGCGCUUCACUUUGCAGGGAUGUGAGGAAAUGCUUUCCUCAGAAACAAUUUUACGGAUGACGAACAGAUGAACGUUUCUAUAAUAAGUGAGGAAACAACAACUCGACGGAUAGCGGCGCAGGAAGCCAUCGGGUCGGCGCUGUGGUGGAUUAAACCCGCCGACAGUAACUUUUAUUCGGGCUGUGGAGGGGAAAUCAUCCGCCGUGCUGCUGUCACACGAAUGCAGCGAGAUAUACAUGUGCCUGGCCUCAAAUGAUCCCCUGAUUUCUGCCCAUCGAGGACAUCACGCCCUCUCGAGCGAACCGCGAAUAAGAUGGAGAGUGAGAUGAAGAGGAGGAAGUACUCCACCAGCAGCAACGACUCUGACACCACCGACAGUCAUGUGACCACCUGGUCACGGUCUUCAAAGAACACAGGGACCAAUAGCACAUGGGUACGCCAUGAGCAGAAGAAACCAUCUGAGGUGUUUCGGACCGAUUUCAUUACAGCCAUGAAGUUGCCUGAUUCAGCACAACUGAGCCCAGAGGAGUUUUAUUUCCUGUCCGACCCCUGGAGGCAGGAAUGGGAGAAGGGUGUGCAGGUGCCAGCCAAUGUGCAAUCCAUUCCUGAGCCUGUAGUCAGGGAGCUUCCUGAUGUCAAUCGAAUCCCAUUCUUUUCACCAAUCCAAACCAGGGGCCAGUCCGAGUUUGGCUUCGGAGAGUCACAUGGUCUCACUGAGCCACUGAGUCGCUACGAUCUGGAUGAUCUGGAUGUGACCUGGCUUGAACUGGUUAAUACUGAAUUCAGACAGUUAGCACUUCCGGAGCUGGACGAGCUCACCAUGGAGCAGGUUGUGGUGGAGCUGGAGAGCAGGUGUCAGCAGAACAUGCAGCAGGCCAUCGAGACUGAGGAGGGGCUGGGCAUCGAAUACGACGAGGACGUAGUUUGUGACGUAUGCCGCUCACCUGAGGGGGAGGACGGCAACGAGAUGGUUUUCUGUGACAAGUGCAACGUUUGUGUGCACCAGGCAUGUUACGGGAUCUUAAAGGUGCCGCAGGGUAACUGGCUGUGCCGAACAUGUGCUCUUGGAGUGCAGCCCAAAUGUUUGCUCUGUCCCAGGAGAGGAGGAGCUCUGAAACCCACUCGUAGUGGAACCAAGUGGGUCCACGUCAGCUGUGCCUUAUGGAUCCCUGAGGUGAGCAUUGGCUGCCCUGAGAAGAUGGAACCCAUUACAAAAGUAUCACACAUCCCGGCCAGUCGAUGGGCCUUGUCCUGUAGCCUGUGCCGUGAACACACUGGCACAUGUAUUCAGUGCUCCAUGCCAUCCUGCGUCGUGGCCUUCCACGUGACCUGUGCGUUUGACCACGGACUAGAGAUGCGCACCACUCUGGCGGAGAACGAUGAGGUGCGCUUCAAAUCGUACUGUCUAGAGCACAGUAGCGUCUCGCGCUCAAACAGUGGCGCUAAUGCAGACAGGCCCGAACCGCGGCACGCUGGGCCGGAUCUGCCAGGGAUCUCUCAUUCGGAUCGUGCGAAGCAGGAGCAAGCAGAACAGGAGAAAGCCAGCCAUCGCAAGCAGAAGCUGCAAGAGCUUGAAGACGAGUUUUACAGAUUAGUGGACCCCAAGGAUGUUGCGGAAAGCCUUUCCCUGCCAGAUGCUCACGUGGACUUCCUCUUCCAGUACUGGAAACUGCGACGAAAGGCCAACUUCAACCAGCCGCUGGUGACCAUCAAGAGGGAUGAGGUGGACAAUCUCGCCCAGCAGGAGCAGGAUGUUCUGUAUCGCCGUCUGAAGCUCUUCACUCACUUGCGUCAGGAUCUCGAGAGGGUCAGAAACUUGUGUUACAUGGUCACACGCAGAGAGAGGAUCAAACACUCUUUAUGCAACCUGCAGGAGAAGAUCUUUGCCUUGCAGAUUCAGCUCUUAGAGAAGGACCUGGAUGGAGAGAAAACUCUGAGAGGGGAGAAGAUUCAUCGCAAUGGAGUCAGGGAACGAGUAAAAGAAAGGAGGAAGAGCAGUCCAGAAAAGGACAAAUGGAGAUCAGACGACAACUCUCUAUUCACCCAGCUGGGUUUCUCCAAAUCCUUUCCACUGGACGGCUCACUGUUUGACAGCUGGCUGGCUCAGUCCGUUCACAUCACAGCAGAUAACAUGCUGAGCCAGUGGUCUCUAUCCGGAGAGAGCGACGACCCGUCCGCCAGCCUCCUGUCAGACCAGCUCCUGCAGGGCGAGGAGAGCCUGCUCAGCCUGAUGAUGGACCACUCCAUGAAGUCCACCUGGAAAACACCUCAGCUGGGCCGCAAGGCAAGGGGCGGGCCACGCAACCGCAGGAAGUCCGUCUCACUUCCACGGAUCGGAUCCGCAGUUAAAAGCAAGGUUUGGUCUGAGGACCAGCGGCCCAAACGAGGAGAGAGAAUGCGCCAUCUCCAACAGCAUCACAACCGCGGCGAGGGCAGGCCGGACCCUCUGCAGCCAGCCAUCUCCAAAAUGGACUCGUGCCACAUUUCCGAGGAGCAUGGCUCUUGGGAUGGCGGCACGGACGCUGGGGAUACGGAGAGUGGCAAGCGUUCGCAGAUGGCCUUACGUCUACGUCUACCUAGACAGGGCAAGUCACGGUCUAAAAGUGAAACGACCCAGGCCUCGCUGCAGAACAGCACUGGGAACAGCACAUCUGCACCGGACACUGAAACGGACGGCUAUUUCUCUGAUGCAGAACAGAGUGACAGUGAAUUGCGCUCAUCCAGCCGAAAGCUGCGCUUGCCCCAACUGCAUGCUGGGAAGGAGCAAGUAGUGCGGCGAAGCGUGCUCGCCUCCUAAAACUAUUGGUGUCACUCCUAGUGCUGUCUCUGUCAUCAGUAGGAGACUCGGUCUCUCUCGAUACAUCUGUCUCUUUCUUGUUUUAUCUGUCAGAGUAUAUUAGCCAGUCGCCUACAUUUAUGCAACCAUAACCAUUUGUGCUUGACAAAACAGCAAGGAACAAGAAAAAGUCUAAAUGAACACUGUCGGAUGUGUCCUUUUGGGAAGCAAUAGGAUCUGUCCUGGAGCAGGGACAAUGACGUGGGCAUUAUAACGUCUGUUCAGGUUGUGUUUGUUUUGAAUGAACAUGUAUGUUGUGUGUCUCCAGAGGAUGUGGCUACUUUAAAAUGAUUUACAGAGAAAAUAUGACGCAAAUAAGCACAAAUAGCCGUUGGGGAAUGUAGCACACGUGUACCUGUCGAAUCCACCGCUUCAUUCGCUUUGAUUCUAGACGUACCAGCAUCACGAGCAGGGCACGCUUCAGCGUAAUCCUUGCGUGUACGUGUGUGUACCAGUGGACAGAUCUGAGCACAGUUGGGUCAGUCUAUCUCAAGUGGUCCAAAAAUGGUAGAGUUGGUUGCUUGACUAUUUUAUUUUCCCCCAGAUUUCCAUUAGCCAUAGCUUUGUAACCAGCUCCAUCUUAAACUCAUUUUUACAGCCAAUAGAGGAGUUGCAUUUGUGAAAAUUCUCAAAAUUGAAAUGUUCUGCAUGUUGCACGAUAGACCAUUUGGGAGCAGACGUCACAGUUUCGUCAUUGCAGUUCUGUACGCAGAAAAACCAUCGUCACUGUUUGCAAACACCCAAAUGGUCUAUACUCAUCUAUAAUAGGUACCCCAUAAUGCAACGUUACGGCUAAGACUCGAAUCCUGUAAAGUUGAACCCUGAGCAGACGUGAUCUUUGCAUUUGGACUUCAAAGUCUAAGGAGCAAGAAUGUAUAAAAUGUUUACGUAUGUUCAUGUAUUUUGUAGUGUACUCAGUUUUUGUUUCAAGGAGCUUUAGGAACAUCUUGAGUCAAGACACUGAGUUUCCGUAAACGUCCAUAUAACACAAAAUUUGUUGGGAGACAUGACACAAAGACAACCGCUGUGGUCAAACCAAGUAAAAUAAACUUAAAAAAGUUGUGGUUUUGCAAUACCAAUACAUAGAGGUAAUCACUCAAAAAAAAAAAAAAAAAAAUGGUCAGGCAACCUCCACUGGACCACUUGUGAUGGCGUGACCCAGUUAAAUCUAAAUGUGUUUUUUCUUUCGAUUUUGGGAUCUUUUUACAAGAUUCAAACUUUCUCUUCCACUUGUUUUGGUCCAUUUCUUCAGAAAGAACUGUUGUCAUUCUCCAUUCAAGCGUGCCUUCUGUAGCCCCCCCCAAUCAAGCUAAUAAUCAACAUGUUUAACCAUUUUAAUACAACGAUGGCAAUCAGAAAUGAAAACCUGCUUGGUCCAAAAAGCUCGUAUGAAAGUGUCGAGGCCGUAGAUGUUCUAGGUGCCUAGAAAAUAGCAUCCAGCCAACAAUCGAUCCUGCUUUAGCAAAGUGCUGUUCUUGAACCAACAUCAGUCAGUCAGUUCUUCAGUCGUUUAUUGACAUUUGUGACGUCUAAUGAAUCAACUCACGGUGUUAAUCUCAGGGUUAAAGAGAAGAAGUGAUCGCAAUCAUCUGAAAAGUUUAAACCUGUACAUUCUUUGGCAAAGCUUCAAGUGUGUUGAGAGGAUCUUCUCACGGUAUGAUGAUGAAACACUGAGUUUCUUUUCUUUCUUUCUUUUGUAUGAUGAUGCCAAAGAAAAGUAAGUCAGCAUAUACUCUGAAGUGGAUGUAAACAUUGUGUCUGGAUCUUCUGAAGAUCCCGACCUGCACUGAUGUCCACUUGUACACUCCUGGAUCGCAUCAUCAAUCGAGCAUCGUCCUCAUCAGUGAUCACAUGAUGGGCCACAGGAAGUCUGAUGCUCUGUCCAGAAAUGUUUCGUUUAUGAGACAAAACCAACUGAUAUGUCGCGUACGUGAUGUGUGUCAAUGAGCGGAGUGUGUGUUCUCUCUGCAGACCUGAGGGAACAACUAAGGGUUAGUCCACCCAACAGCGGGUUAGUCCACCCAACAAGGACAGUUCUCUCACCAUGUAUUCAGUCUCAUGUCGUUCCAAACCCGUAUCAAUGUUCCUUUCCAUGUAGUGAAGGUAAAUGGGUCCAAAAAAAGACAAAAAAAAAAAGAAAAAAGUAGUCAGGAGUCCAUGUGCCACAUUCCAAGUCUUUAUUUACUGAAAACCUUCCCUUCCACCAUAGAUCUCCAGUGUGCUGUAUUCUAGUCUUCUGAUAAACAAACAAGUCUUUGUCAUUCUGUGUACCAUAGAAGAGUCAUACGGGUUUGGAACGUCUCCACGGUGGAUGAACGACGACUGAAUUUCUUCACUCCUCGUUCUGACUCUUCAUUGGCUUAAACCGUGACGGCUGUCUGCUGUAUCCGUACAGACCACAGACAGCGACCUGUACAGAUCUCAUGUAUCUUAGCUGCUUCAAUAGGGACUAAUCAUAGAUGCUGGUCAUUUGCCGUUCUCUGGUUCAGUAUGCACCAAACGCAGACAUGGAAUACUGUGCCUUUAGUGAUCUAGUUUCAGCCACCUGCAAGAGUUCACGCUUCUUUAUCAUGCUUCGCUGCCGUUCGUGUACCAAAACUAUAACAUAUACUCUACGUAAUCUCUGUAAAUGUUCAGCUUCUGUGCAAUCAUUUUCUUCCCACAUCGUAACAGGACGAGAAUGACAGAGUAGGUCUUGACACUUGCAUUUGUUGGCAGACAUGUUGUUAGUGAGCUAAACACUUCGACAUAAAAGGGGAACUAGUCUUUGCACUUGUUUUUUUUUGUCUCUACUGCUGGCUUUCAUUCAAAACUGCUGGCUGCUGGUAAUCAUCAAGACCAACAAGGGGUGUGCGAUAUUGACAAAAAAUGUUCCCGUAUUUUCUGCUAACAAUAAUUAGAUGAUAUCUUGCUGAGUGGGUUUUUGUGUUGGCUGAUUUAGGCCUGACUCGAGAAAACACUCAUAUUCUUCAUAUUCUGUUUCACCCAAAUGAACUCGAUUAAAAAUUCCUUUGAUUAAAAUUUCCAUUAAGCGGCAUCCUCAAGUGGCAUUACAUGUAUUUACAUGGACUGUUUAAUGCCGUUUAGAGGUGGCAUGAAUUACACUGCAGUUGCAUAAAUAAUGUAAUGAGUUAAAAACUUUUUGAAGUAUAAAUAUUAAAAAAGAAAUAGUACUUUAAAUAUGAAACUAAAAUCCCCAGUAGGUAGUGGCAAGUCACUGUCUAGAUGAGUGAGUCACUGAAUCAUUCACUCAAAUGAUCUGUUCAUAAAACCUUCAUUCAUUCAGUAACGAAGCACUGCUGUUUGUUGCUCAGAAACUCAAAACGGUUCUGCUUUGGCUUUGCUUAGAACUGUCGUCGUUAGUGAUUAGAGCAAAAACACAAUACUGUAAAAUUUAACUAAUUUAAUAUUAUAUUCUUGUCGGUUGAAUUGUUGUAUAAAAUCACUAUCACAUUUGCAGUCGUGCUGAUAUUUGGGAAAACAGCACACUUGCUCAUGUGACAUUGCUUAACUGUAUCAUGUGAUAAAAGUAUAAAAGACAAAAACUUACAGAGCAUUUUUUGCCCCUACAUAUUUAAUUUUAGGGUCAUUCUAACUUCAUUCUACUGGGCUUUAUCACAGUGAAAGAGUUCUCUCUCAAGAUGGGUUUGGAUUGUUCAAAGUGAGUGACAUUCUCCAUAAUGUCAGCUCUCACAUUGUUAAAACAACAAGUAAUAUAUUAUCGUAGACGACACAUCGCACACCCCUUUUCUUGUGGUUUGAGUGGUCCGUUUUUAAACGCAUGCGGUUCGGCCUGAGAGGACACCUUUGUUCUUGCCCUCUCAUCCAUGGAGUAAAGUUACAGGGAAUCUGGUGGAAUUGAUUAUUAACUCCUUAAUGCAAAUAGUUGAAUCUCAAAGAAAUGGCUGAAGAAAAGUCAUAUUUCAUCCACAGAAAUAAAUUAUAUUUUGCAUAAAGAAAAUGAUGCCAAUUUUUAGGAACAUUUAAGGCUCUUUUAUUUAUUUUUUUCACAUACCCCCUUCACCCAAGUAUCCUUCAGUGUUGUGGUUUACCUCUGGCUGAACCUGCGUGCACGUCUGUACCGAAGCACCGUUCAGAUGUGGGCCAGUUCAGUGAUGCUCUGAACUUCUGCAGCGCUUUAGAAUCCCAUCAUGAAAGUCCAACAGCAGCUUUUGCUGUCAUAUCGAAGUCUGAACUCUUUCCACUGACUUGUUUACUGUUCAGUGAAAUUCUAAAUGAAUAAAAUCAGGCAGAGGAAAGGUAAAGCACUAGCAGGCUGUAGUCUAUUAAGAAUCACUUGUGUCCUGUAAAUCUAUCGACAUCUUCCGCUCGACACGGUUACGAUAUGAUGAUAUGAAUGUUGCAGGGGUUUAUCCUUCUAUGUUCUUUGUUUCAAAGAAUGUUGUGCCAUUUGUUUAUAGCAGAGAGAACUAUUGAACAUAUUAAAAAAAAAAAAAGAGCUAUUUUAAAUUAUUUUAGUUUUUUUUUUUUUUUUUUUUUUUUUUUUUUGCUAUAUUUAUUUUCUUGUAUUGGAAAUCUUUAUAGAAGGACAAAAGUAUUUUUCAUCAGUGCAAAAACCUAUUUUUCCGUUUUGUACAUUUUCCAUGUUGAGCAGUCUUUAGAGCAAUAUAAUGUUCAUGUGACUGUAUGUGCAUGCUGUUUGUGAUGCCUUAAUAACAGCUCCCGUCCCAUCAUCGCCAGCGCUCGGCUGUGGUCGACCAGUGCAGUCAAUAAAGCUGUGCUUUCUGUCUACA